AUGUCCCACAGCAGGGAACCGAAGGAUUCAACCUUGUCAGCCUAUCUCCACGACAACCUUCAAGCCCACAGCACUACCAUAGGCAACUGGGCUGUGGAGGAGGAGCAGAGUGGCUGUGACGUCUGUGGUGCCCACCUGAUCCAGCUGAAGCAGGAGGCCAUCCACCUGAUCCUAGCCAGGGAGGAGCGUGCCAAGUGGGCCACUCCACCUAUCGCCAAGCCCCUUCCUGGAUCCAUCUCCACCAAAACAGCACAGUCUAGCCCCCACCUCUCAGCCUUUUCCAGGAGCCAGAGCACCCCUGCCAAGCCCUCCCCUGGAUCUGGAUCCACCACCUUCAACACAGUAGCACCAAACCCCCACCUCUCAGCCUCCAGCAGGACCCAAAACUCCCCCAAGACACACCCUAAGAGGGUCUUGAAGCCCUCCUCCAGGAUUGAUAGAUGGGUUGAGGAGCAGCAGCACCUGGCCUCCUCCAUAUCAAUGUCAAGCAAUAACGGAGUCCCAAUCUUCCCCUACCAGUUUUCAGAGGAGUUCUCAGAGGGACAGAGUGAGACUGUGCCGGUUCAGAGCAGUCCAAUGACUCCUGCAACCUUGUCCUUUCUGGUCAGGGCAGCCCAGAAAAUGAACCUGACGUCGAGGAGGAAGGGCCAAAGGUCCGCCCCCUCUCCCGUGGGUCCUCGCCCCCAUUACACCACCUGCUACAGGGGCAUCAUCCAAAGGUCUCCACCCCCAAUCCCCACCUGCCUCCUUCAAGCUGCCAACAGAGUCAAAGAUGCACCUAAUGUUAGCAAGGUCAAAGUGGUGCUGCGAGUCUGCCCCUCUUCCUCCGUACCCCCUUCCCAGCCCCAGCCACCCAUUCUCAGAGUGGACACAGCUAAAAGAAGGGUCACCAUGAUGGACCCAGCUACCAACCACAAUCAACAGCUACACUCAAACUCUACACCGACACACGCUGGGGCAGCCAUGGGUCCCUCUAAGACAUAUGUCUUUGACGCAGCCUACCCCUCAGAGUCAACCCAGGCGGAGGUGUGUGUAGGUAUUCUGCCUGACGUCAUCUGUUCUGUGGUCAACGGGGCAGACGGCUGCAUUCUGUGUUUUGGACAUGGUGAAGUGGAGAAGUCCCACACCAUGAUGGGUAGUGAUAGCAGUAGCCAGAGUCUAGGGGUCAUCCCCUGUGCCAUCUCCUGGUUCUACAGUCACAUGGAGAGGAGGAGGGAGAGGACUGGGGCCAGCCUGGCUGUGUCUGUCUCUGCUAUGGAGGUCUGUGGGGAGGACGAGGUCAUCAGGGACUUACUGUCAGGCAACCUCCAGGACAGCCCACCAGCAGACCUAUAUUUCUAUGGGGACCCCAUCUAUGGAAUGCAGCUUCAGCACACCAAUGUGGUUUCUGCCCCCAACGCAGAGAAAGCUGCUUUCCUCCUGGAUGUAGCCAUCGCAUCACGUCACCGUGCCAACGGCCCGAACAGCGUAACUCGCAGUGACAUCAGCACACCAUUGUCCUCCUGCAGCGGCUCCCAUAUGUUCUUUACUCUGCACGUCCAACAGCAGCUCGCAGAGGGCGGCGCCAAAGUACCAGGGGGUCAUAGCAGGUUGAUUAUGAUAGACCUGGCUGACAGUAUAAACGGGUCCAGUAGAACCAGUGACAGCAGAAUUGGAUGUCCUGAGUCAGAGCUGGGCAGUGUUAUCCUGGCCCUACUCAACAAUGGAAACAAAAACAUCCCCAACAGGGACAGUAAAGUGACCAUGCUGCUACAGGAGUCUCUGGGUAAUAUUAACUGUCGUACGACCGUGCUGGCCCAUGUGACUGACUCACCAGAACACUGCUCAGAGACACUGUCCACUGUCCAGAUCGCCUCACUCAUUCGUAGGACACAGAAGAAGGCAAAACAUUCAAUGACCUGCUCUCCCAGUGGUAGAAGCCUGAGUAGAGAGAGGAGUGGAGGGAGUCGUCUCUUCUCUCUCAGAGCAUUCCACUCCACCAGUGCUGUAGACUCUGACCUCAGUGACCUGCUAGAUGACCACUCCACCAGUGUUGUAGACUCUGACCUCAGUGACCUGCCCCAGCUCAGGCUCAGUGGUGACCUGCUAGAUGACCAGUCCUGUGACACGGUCAUUCACAUCAACCCCGAUGGCUCUGUCCAGCAGCCUGGUACGGAGCUGUACCAGCAGGGUCAGGGCCAGCCGGAGUUUACCCCCAUCAUCCCCUCUCUACACCAGCAUAAGGCUGAAGAGGAAUCAGAGGCUGAGCUUUCUGCUCUACAGCAAGAGCUACUGCUGCACCUUCUAAACAUCAUGCCCAGACCGGAAGGAGAAAGGAAGGGGAGUGAGAGCAUAAUCCAAGAACAACUUGUGGGCCAGUGUGUGAGGGACUUCAGUGUUAAUUGUGACACAUUCGCCGAGCUGCAGGAGAGACUCGGGUGCAUUGAUGGGAGCAAGACAGUUACUAAAUCAUCCUUAAAAGAACCUUCUGCCACAACUGAGUCCCCUCCAGUCCCCCAAGAUUGCUCAGGCCUACCUGAGACUGGGGAGAAUACCUCUUUCUUUAAACCACUGAAUAUGGAUUUGAAGUGUAGUGAGUUUUCCAUUGUGGCUGAGAAAGAGAGCUUGGUGACAGAUGGCAGUCUUCCGGUCGACAGUUUUCAGAGAGAGGACUCUGGUCUGUAUGACUGUGAGGAGGGCAGUGCAGCCAGCUCCAACGAGGACCAACCAUACCCCUGUGGCUCUAUCAGUUUACAUCCAGUCUGCCAGAGCCUGAGCCAGGGCAACCCCCCUGAGUACAGCGAUCUACCACAGCACCAUGAAAUCUACUCUCAGAUCAGCCCUGUGCCAAGCUCACAUCCUCCUCUUCCUCUGUUUCCUCUUCCCCUGUCUCUGGAGCCAGCUGGAUACCCAGGGAGGAAUGACUGGCUGCAACCCAAGACCAGGACCUCUCCAACGGGCAAGAGCUCCCCGAUAUCCCCCUCUCGCGCUCCAUCCCUCUUCUCCCCCUCCUCCUCCACCACCUCCUCCUUGGCUACCAGUGUUCUCCUAGGAGAGAUGAUCCUUCCCCAGCUUCCACAGCUGUCCACCACAGAGUUAGACCUAAAGGAUAUGACGGCAACCAUCACGGUGACGGUCCAGCAGCCGUUGGGCCAGAUGGGUCAGGACGAGCUAGUGUUAACCAUGGCAGAGGAGGUGACCAUCAGUGGGGCUCUGGAGAGUAGAGGCCGGGCGAGGAACAUCAUCAAUAUCAGGGAUGCCCACUCCUCCUCUGGCCAAGCUUCUUCAGGGUCUGUACUGGGUUCCCUUCCCAUCAGGAUUAUCAGUAACUUCAGUGAAGAUCCAGCUUCUACUACAGACUCCACUAUCAAGGCCAUGGACCAUGCUAAUACCACUAAGGCCAUGGCUGUGGAAGUCAACACCAAACCCAAGGCCAUGGACCAUGCUAAUACCACUAAGACCAUGGCUGUGGAAGUCAACACCAAACCCAAGGCCAUGUCUUCUCUUUACAGGGUGGAGAACAGAUUCUUGCCCUCCUUUAUAAACCCCUCGUUCGCUGAUGUUAGUAGGGGUAGUGAUGUGGAGGGGUCUCAUCCCAGAGAGGUUUCUAACACUCUCUCCAUGCGAGUGGAUGCUUCAGCUGAACCUGAGAAGAAAGAUAAUCUAAAAGGAAAUGAAAGGAAUCAUGAGAGGAAGACCAACGAGAGCGUGUUGAUGUCUUUCCUGGGUCAAACUAGUGAUACAGCAUCAUGUGACACACAUGCCUGGAAGGAGGCCGGUUGCUAUGAGAUGAUGUCAUCAGAGAAUAGGGCCAGUGGGAGGGGUGGUAACCAAGCAGACAGGAGCUAUCCCAGACGAAGGGACGUUACCACCUGUUCCCUCACCUGUCAUGACAGAGUCCUACCUGUUCCCUCUUCCCUAAUUACUCCAAAGCUGUCUGGGGACUGUAAUGAAAGCAGCAGGAAUACACCAGAGAACUGUAUCCCUGGUUACCCUGCAGUUACACGACACAGAACAGCCAGUCUACCAAGAGGCUGGUAUAAUAUCAACAAGCAGGAGAGCUACGGUCUGAUGAGAGAGGAGUAUACAUAUAAGGAACCAGACGUUACAUCAUCCACCCCUGGUAGUCCCAGGGUGACCCUGGAGAGGAGGCCGUCCUCAGCCAGGCAGGGGAUCUUCUCCUGGGCCAGGGAGAGCGUCCCUCUCCCCUUCUCACCAGCUCGGAAGUACAGCCUGGCGCAGCAUACUCAGAGACAGAGAACUAGUAACAGUCCUCUCAGCACAGCCAGUAGUUCGCCUUUGGAGCCCAUGCCAUCCACUCUGAGUGUUAGACAUGAUAGCGGGAAGCUGAAAUCCUCCGUAGAGGAAAGCAAUAGGCUGUUCAGUGCUAAACUAGAGCAGUUGGCUAGCAGGACCAACUCUUUAGGUAGAAUACCGCUGGCGCGCCACACUCUGGACCGAGGCAGUAGCCUGUCCUCUGUGAGCUCCAAGGGGUCCAAGAGUUGUGAAUGGGAGUCCAGCCACCCCACCCUACCCUGGGCCAGCAGGAGCCCCAGGAGGGCCCCUAGGUCCAUUCCCUUGACAGAUAACAACACCCCCAACACAGCCCAUUCUCCCAAAACCAGCAGGUCAACCUUUAUAACUGACCCCAACACAGCCCUCCAGUCUCCAAGAUCCAGCCGGUCUAAGCUCUCUGCAGUGGGGAAACUGAUGACGGCCAGCUCUAAGGCCCGCCGGAUAUCCAUCCCCAGUACCAAGAACCUCCGCUUUUCUCUCAAGGAGGUCUGUCAGUCCAUCAACAGGAAUACCAGUCUGUCCCCUGAUGGGAAGAGUCCUGAGCAAAGUCCACCCUGGUCCACUCAGUCUCUAAGCCGUAACCAGACCCCCUCGCCUCAGACCCCACCACCGCGCCUCGCACCAAAGUCCCCCGUCCGGGUCAUCAAUGGGCGCAUCUUAGAGCUGCUCCAGAUCGGCAGAGAGCCCUCCGCCUCUGGCGGGGCCUCCGGAGGACUAGAUCUAGACAAGAUGGCGGCAGCGGCUGGAGUUACCUGUAGAUCCAUGGGAGAGGCUCACCCUGUUCACCCUGUACCCUCGCCCUAUGCCAGGAUGACCGCCCCUCGCAGGCCCAACCACCUCAGCGGGCACGCCAGUGAUGUCACUAGCGUGUUGAGCGGGGAGCUGCCCCCAGCCAUGGGGAAGACUGCGUUAUUGAACAAUAGGAACAGCGUGGUGAGCAGUGGCUAUGAGAGCAUGGUAAGGGACAGCGAGGCCACAGGUAGCAGCACAUCCAACAGAGACUGUUCUAUUAUCAGUGUGGCCCAUAGUGGGAGGAACCCCAAGAGGAGGAGUAGCAACGGCUCCCACCCGCGGCGUCUGUCCCAUGACACGUCCCUGUCUCUGAGGAGGUCAGCCAGUGGCCCCAGGUCUCGCUGGGUAGAGAGUGGCAUCCCAGAGGCCUACGAGAUCAAGGUUUAUGAGAUAGACGACGUGGAGAGGCUGCAGAGGAGAGGAGGAGCAGGAAAACAGGGGAUAGCUUGCUUCAGUGCCAAACUCAAGUUCCUAGAGCACCGUCAGCAGAGGGUGGAGGCGGUGAGAGCCAAGUACAACAGCCUGAAGACAGAGCUGGAGCUGGCCAAACAGAACCUUAGGCUGGAGCCAGGGAAAUGGAACCAGGAGUUUGACCUGUGGCAGACGUUUGAGGUGGACUCUCUGGAGCACCUGGAAGCCUUGGAGGUGGUUACGGCAAAGCUGGAGAGCAGGGUCAACCUCUGUAAGGCCAACGUCAUGAUGGUCACAUGCUUCGACGUUGCCACCAAGCGCCGGCAAGCGAGGAGAUGUCGUCGGAUGGAACAGCAGCAAGGAUUCAUGGAAAUUUAGAGUUCAUUUUGUGUAAUUUGGUUCCCAUUCUUAAUAGAUGAGAGAGAGAACAUGAUGGAUUAGCACCGUCAUAGAAAAGUUUUGACAAUCUUUUUUUGGUGCUUAUCUGAAUUUCAGUAGUGAGAAGUAUCACUCAGUGUGGACUUCUCAUGAAGAAGAGGGAGGGAAAUCAACAUCUUCGAAGUCCACAGAGCACUCACUCUCAAUGAUGUAUGUUCUGACUCAUACAGAUCAAUAUUCAUUGUUUUGUUGAUAGAUCAGCUCAAGACACUCCAACAGACACUCCAACUAAUCACAAUGACUCACUGAUACAUAUACCACAGCUUCACCUGGAUGAAACACACACACCAGAGGAGGCUGGUGGGAGGCGCUAUAGGAGGAC